AUGAUUGCAGACGGGACAGAGAACGGGUGCCACGGGACGGGGGGAGUGGGACAGAGACAGAGCUUGGCAGAACUGCGCCGCACCGCGCCGCCCAGGAGCCCGAAGCGCCUUAGCCCAGCCCGCAAGGGCCGCACCUGCAGGCCCCCUCGCCUCCACCUCGGAGACAUGCAGCCAGAAGGCCAGGCCCGCCCGGCGCCGGACGCCACCCUGGACAAGCUGCAAGCUCAGCUGGCCCUCCUGCCCAGACCCGCCAAGCUCCUCAAGGCGCUGACCAGGCUCUCCGCGCUGCCGCCCACCGCCGCUCUCCUGGACGACUCCCGCCUCAGCAAGGCCCUCAGGCGCCUGCGCGACUACCAGCAGCCGGCCGCUCUGGCCGCACGCUUGCUGGACCGCUGGAGUCCGAUCCUGGACGCUCCGGCCCCAGCCGAAGCCGGCACCGCCAGCCCAAGCAAGAGCCGGGGCCGGAAGCGCUCCAGGGAGGCCCGAGCGGGAGGAAACUGCGGCCAGCUAGAGCCCACGGCCCCACGCGCGGACACACCGGACGCCACAGAACCCGCGCCCCAGGGACCCCCGAGGACCGUGCCUCCGCUGAGGAUCAAACUCACACGCCUUCCUUCGGGGGCGAGAGCAGCGGGGACCCCCACCCGCUGCCCCCGCGGGCACGCAGACAGCGAGUCCCAGGCCCCCGCACGCCUGUCUUGGGAGGAGUGUCUCGACUACCAACCGCCACCCAGGAAAAAGCAAAGGACCAAGAGCGCACAGGCGGGGCAGGAGCCCCGCACCCAGCACGCUCAAGGGAGCGGGGGAGGCGACGACGACCACGACGACCACGACAACGACGACCACUGGGCCUUGGAGUCAGCCGACGGGCCCCCAGCCCGCCCAGAGGACCCGCGGCCUUCCACACGCGAAGACCCCCAGCUGGCAACGGCCCUCUCGGACAGCCUGGCCUGCCGGCCAGACCCCGCUCCCGCUCCGGGAGACGCGGGGGAGGCCCCGCUCCCGCACUGGGACUGGGGGUCCUUCGGGCAGCCUUCGCCCCCACGCCAGCACGAACCGGACUUGGCCCCGUGCAGAGUCAACGCCAAGACCCGCGUGUUCGCGGGCUCCAACUGCUCGCCGGAUCAACUCUACCGCAUCGAGACCUGCAACCCGGGCCUCGUGCCCCACGCAGACCACCUCUGGAAGGCUCACUGUGCCCAGAAAUUUCCCACGGACACGCCGAGACCGGGGGAAUCCUGGCGCGACGCCUACCUGAGGCUUCAGCUGGCCAGAGAGCAGCGCCUCCAAGCUCUCACCCUCAAUUUCCGCUCGGCCCGCCUCACCAAGUUGCAAGACGCCCGCACCAAGAUCGUGGUCUUCCACGGCCCAACCGCAAAGCCCUUCCCACUACCGAAGACGCCCCACGUGGACCCCGAAGAAGCCAUUCGGCACGAGGCCGAGCCCCACUCAGCCCCAGCCCCCACCGCCUGCCAGCCAGAGCCCCGCACCAACGCCCCCACCUCCCUUCCUCCGGCGGGCCUGCCCGAGGCCACCUCGGCCAACCCAGGCCCUGCCGCUUCCCAACGCACGCAGGCCUUCGCCAAACGCAAACCCAACAAGCCAAUGCCCCGCCUGAUGGCCAAGUCCAUCAAAGACUUCAGGACAUUGCUCUCCCGGCGCUAA